CGUGAGCAUUUCCUUUGGCGAUCAGUUCACGGAGAAGUCAUUGAAAAUGCAGUUUCUGAAUUAGGUGUUGUGAAUUCACUAGAAGUCGGAAGUUGCGCGCCACUCGACGGUCGAAGAUCUGAAGAUGUGUCUGGACUAAGAGCAGCAGAAAAGCUGUUAGUGUAGAGUGUAAAGUGUUGUUACAGAUUUGAGAGACUGUAAUUUUGUCAGUGAUAAUGACGGUCAGAAUGCAUAUGCGUAUACUGUCGUUGAGCCUUAUUUUCCUUCAAGAAGCUGCUCUGGGUCUCCAUGUCCAAGAAGGUUGUAUAUCAGAGGCAGCGAAGAUCACGAUGUUCAGAGGAACUGAGAUUACAGCAACGGCGUGGAUCCCUCCGGCCAGCGAAGACGAAGUCCUCGUCUCACUCACGUGUGCAGAGGACCAGAUCUACUUUGUGCGUAGAAUAGAAAUCAAAAAGGAACUCGUCACUGUGAAGGAAAUGAGAGGCGGAAUCGACAAAUAUGAAACUUUCGACAUUCCAGACGGCGUUCUUCGUCCUGGGUGGAUGGAUUUCACCCUGGUUCUCGGUUCGAGGUUUCGCGUGGUGACGGGGAACACGACCAUUGCGGACAUCGAGGACGUGCUGACAAGCUCAGUCACAAUCCAAGGCAGCAACGUGACUGUUGGCUGCAGUGAGCCCAUAAUCGCGUGGGAGGUGGCCGAGGAGCGAGAGACCGUCCUCCCUGCGGCCGGUUUGGUGCCGCACAAACUCUCGCUCUUCUCGAGGUCAGCGUCGCUCCCCGUGCUCUCCCUCGGCCCCAACACGCUUCGACUCAGCUGGGACCCGAACUCCGAGGCGAUCACCACGCUCACUUCGGAGCCGCGCCCGUUGCCGGCCUUCCUCCUGCACAACCUGACUCUGGACUGCCACCCGUGGGAUGUUCUCACCAAGUGUGAUAUACUGGCCGGUCCAAACGAGAGUCUUGCUGGAUCCGUUCUGUUGCCAGAUGAGUUCACCUCCUUUUCUUUUCGAGCAAACAACAAGGAUAAUUUUGUGGUCAUUUUGCAGUAUAGCAGACAAGAUGAAGUGGAGGAAGUUUGCCAUGUGACAGAAAACCUCGUCACUGAUCCACCCGACGCUGACUACCAUGGAUGGAAGGUGGCGACGAUUGUGUGUGCAGUGUUGAAUGCGGUUCUCCUGACAGCUGUCAUUGUUCUUACUGCGAUGCUCAUCAAGAUAAAGAACGCUUCAUCAUAUGGCAGUUCGCAUGCAAUCUUCAAAUCUUCGUCACAGAACAGAGCAGAUGAACAAAAUCGUAUGAAAUCACCGAAGCUUUUAAAUAAACCUUAAUUAAGAAGAGAGAAUACGCACAUGACAGUGAUAAAUCGGAGGAGUGUGUAGCCCCUUUUUGUAACAUGAUUCUAAAUGCUUAUGUUUAAGCUUUUAUGAUUAUUUUUUGUGUUUUUCUCCAAUUCGUUGUGCAGUUGCGAAAUGUGUUUCCAUAUUCCUUUUGGUAAGGUAACCUUUCAAGUGGCAACAACUAACUUGUAGUAAACAAAAUGUUUAUGAAUGAAUUGCUUUCACUGUGUCUGAUUGGUGAAAGGACAUUUCCCUUUCCCUUUCGAUGUCCUUUUAAGUUAGUAAAAGGAAGGAGAGUCAUAUCAAUAUGUAUAUGAUAUAUAGAUAGAUAGAUAGAUAGAAACUCAACGAUAGUAUGAAUGACUGUUUGAUGAAUAACUAUGUAAUACUUAUUAAUCACUGGAUAGGAUAAUUGGUUUACUGAUCAAUGAAAUGUAAAUAAUAUUCAUUAGACUAUCAACUAAAUCUUCAAACGAUUUUUUUUUUAAAUGGACAUGAUAACAAAGAAAGAGAACAUUAGUUCAAAAUUCAUUUCACUGAGUGUGAACUAUCUCCUAAUUCCUGUGUUAUCAGUCUUAUGUCGUGAAAAUUAAUUUUGAAAAAUAAACUUUAGUAAUAACUCUAUUUUUUCAAAAUAAUCAAAUGUAAGAUAGCGAUUGGGAAAAUGUCUGACCGAUUUGUUUUUCCAUAAAUGUGUUACAUCAUUUCGUUUUGAACGAAUUACUAUAAAUCACUUCAGCAGCAAAGUUAAAUAUUCUAGAAGACAGGUUUAAAACUAAUUCAAUUAUUACAGCACUACCUAUGCAUCCAUGACAUUGUAUCUCUAUACAAACAAAUUUUAGAUGAAAUAUAUUUUUCAAAUCUUUACAAUGAUGAUGUAUCGUACCACUGCAUUCUGUGUGAUCAGGGCCCUUUCGCAAAUAAAAUAAAUUAUAGA